AGAACAAGAGAAAGAACUAGAGUCACGGAAUAUGGAAAAAGGUUGCUUACCAGUCUUUAUGGACUUCGCUGCUCGCUGAAUGUCACCCGUCAAAACGUGUUAUACACAAUAAAUGGGCAGCCGUACAACUGAUACUCGGCUGGGUCAGCACAAAGACAAGACUCUUCUCAAAAGGGCACAGUGCUGCAAUUGUCUGCUGCGACUAGACCGCCUCCCACCGCACGUGGAUCUCGAAAUACCACGCUCGUGUACCCGUUUGAGUUCUGCAAAGAUUCCCUUUCUUGCCAGCAACGUCCCAUUCAACCUUGUCAACUGCGAACAACCGGAAGAGGCAACAGGGGCCCCCGGGAUCGACGCGAACUUUCUUUAGCCGCUGAGUCGCCGGAGUCAACUUUUUUGCAGCGCUCGACCCUGGGUCGCAUCUGGUUUUUUUUCUUUUCUUCAAAGAAAUUUUUUCUCUCUUCGCAUACCGACUCAGCGAUUCGCUGAGGGAGACUGCGACGACGAUUAAUCGCAGGAAGAACUCUUUUUCGUUCCCAAGAUGCCUAUUGCUGUCGGCCACAUCUGUUCUUGAGUUGUUGCCUGCGUCCUUUUCCUCCUUCUCCACAGUGAAUCCUUCCUGCUUCUCUGUCUUGCGUUCUCUGCUCUGCGGCUAGGAAGCCGUUUUCCGCUUCGUCCCUGCCAUCCCGGGACCCGGUUCGCUGCGUCGUUCCGGGUUCCGUGCUUCCGUUUUUCGUUCCGUCCACCCUUCUUUUAUGUUGUUCACCCUCUCUUCAGCCUGCACUGUGAAGAUGGAGCAGCUCAUUCGCAGGGUUCCGUCUCAGUCUGCAUUUUUGCCGUUGAUCGAGAAAGGCAGAUGCAUGCUGUCUACAGCGCGCUUAUCCUCCAUCCCAGCAAAGGGAACCGCCCAGGGGGUGUGGUCGCCACGCCACUCACAGUCGACAUCUCAGGUCGAGAAAACGGGAAAAUUCUUUUUUUCUGCCCGCGGGUUGGCUUCAGAGAGAAAGGUGCUCGCUGCUGACCGAGUGCUUUCAGGUUUGCGUGCGUCUGAAUGCGUGGAGGCUACGAUUGGUCUCCGCUUCCCACUCUGUCGCCUUCUCUCAACAACCGCCGCAACUCCCCCACAGGGAGAUAGUGGAAAGGAACUGCCUUCCUCGGCAGCUAACGAAACGACCAAACAAGAAAGUCCAGUUGUUGACACUGACAUCAAUGCGGUGACGAACUACAUUGUCGGCAUGUGUCAGAAGUUUCUGCAGAAAGGAGAGAAAGUGACGCCCUCGAGCAAACUGGAAGAGUUGCGAACUCGGGAAGACCGUCUCUGGGACUGUCUGGAUACAGUUGAAUUCGUUCUUGAUGUGGAGGAGAUCUUCGACGUCACUGUUCCAGACGAAGUUGCAGAUAAUUUCCAAACACUUCAGGAAAUUGCGGAUUUCGUGGUGUCUGAGAGAGCGAAGGCAGGCAAGUUCAUGAAGGACCAGUGAGACAACGAAAGUUUUCCACCGUCUUUUGCUUCUUCAGUCGGCACAGCUACGUUUGCUCGGGAAGCUUCGUCACUCUCAGUCUGGCGCCAUAGUGACGAAUGUCAACGAAAAAAAGGUCUUUCGACUUGCGUGAUUUGCGCCAUCUGUGAGAAACCCUUUUCAUUUGCGCGCAGCGUAAAAGAAUUGGUUCUCUUCGUGGUGUUUAGGCGACCCUGGAUUGUCUCACGCAAAGUCGUCUUACCAGAUAUGAGGGAGAUUCGUGGGUAUUCCAGCUUCCCUGUUUUCUUCCGUGGCGCGUUUCAUCGUUCGCUUGGGUCUUUUCGGUGAAGUCGCCGUGACAGGCCGGGAAGAUGGUGUGGCCUCCCAGUGUCUCAAAGAAGACGUGCUUUCCUGUUCUAGACACACGCAGACCCUUGGCACGCAGACAAGAAUGGAAUCCGACAUCUUUUCUGUUUUUCGAACGAAGUAGGAAGAACUCAAAAAGACAGACCUCAACACAAGAAGCGGCUGCAGACGGCCGCGGCGUUUUGGGUU